AUGAGUUAUGUAUCUGAUUCUGAAUACAAAGAAGGAGAUGAUGGUGAUUUAUCUGCUAGAGCUGAAUCUGAUAAACCAUGGGUGCUGACAGCAACAUCUCGAGCUGUAAAAUAUAUUUUUGAAAAAAUAAUUAAUGAAAACAGUAAAAAACUCCACACAAGUGAAAAGAUGACUGCUGAAGAAAAGGCAUUGAUAAGAUACACUGCAUCAAAUAUGAUUGACCCUUACAUCAUCAAUGAAAGGCUAACUCAUGGUUGGUGCUGUGAUGUCCACAUUCUCAGUGCAGGAGGGAAGGAUCUGGCAGAAUGGGAAUUUGCAUGGAAUCCUACUACCACUAAAACUAUUGCAGAUAGAUGCAGAUCAAACCAAGUGAACCAGACAAUCUUAAAUGAACUUUUAAGAAUUGGUGAACUGGAAAGCAGCCUUGACAUCCGGCUCAUAUAUGUUCAGAUGGCAGGGAUAAAUGGACAAUCGCUCUCAAUGGAUUUGAAGAAUGUGUGCCUAUACAACAUCAAGAAACUUAGGGAUGCUAUAAAAUUUUUUUACUUUGUGUUGAACUUCUAUCAAAAAUUUAAUGAAUCAUUGGAGUUAAUAGACCAAAACAAAUUAUUUGAAAAAAUAUUUAAGGCAAAUGUUGAUAAGAAACAGUACAAAAUCUGUGAUAUUGAUUCUGAUGUUGAUGCUAAUGAUAGUCUAAUAGAAAGAAGUAGUAAAAAUAACAGCAACGAUCGUUCAAAUGUAAACAUGUUGAAAAUUAUGAAGAAUAUUAAUAUUUUAUUAGAUGAGAAUAGGAAACUUUCUGAAAAACAAGAUCAAACUAACGAAUUACUUUUUUCAAUAAAUAAAAAACUUGAAUUAAUGACUGAUGAAAAAGAUGAUGAUAUAAAAUUUAAGGGUGACAUUAAUAAUAUAACGAAAAUUUUACUUGAAGAAUAUGUCUAUCCUGAUCAAAAUGACAUUAAAGAUGUAUCAUUUAAUUAUUUUAAUAGUUAUAAGAAAGAUUGGUUUCAAAAGAAGUUUGGAUCCAAAAACAGCAAAUUUGUGUUUUGGUUAGAAAACAAUGUUUCUAAAGAGCUUCUCAGUAAAUUAAGAAAGACGCGCGGAACCAUUACAGCUAAUAUAAAGAAAAACAUGUUCAUUGUUCUAAACCUACCGGAAAUUAAUAUGAACUCUUCCCCAACUGAAAUAAUUAAUUGGAAAAAAAGUUUACCUGUAAAACGAGCUCAACAAACUUUAUUUUUUUCAAGCAAUGAUCAACCAAGCCAAAUGGACCAGAUUAUCAAAAAAACAUGGAAUAGAAGUCAUAUAAAAACCACUGAAAUGCUUAAAGCUUAUGCAAUCACCGUUGUUGAAAAUAUCUUGAAUUCGAAGAUUCUAUCUAUUGAAAUUUCACAAUCGCGAGUUAAAUCAAGAUUGUCAAGAAAUUUGAUAAAGAUUAGAAACAAUGAGGAUUUUACUUUUAAUAAAGAUGACGAUUACAAAAACAAUGUUAAUAGUGAUAGUGAUUAUAGGGAUGAAGAUUAUGAAAAGGAUAAUCUUGACAAAGAAGACUUUUAUUUUGAAGGUAACAGAGGCCAUGAUGAUCAUAGGUAUGAUAAAGAAAAGAUUAAUGAAGAUGAAGAUUUUAAAACUUGUAAACAAGAACCAAAUCUUGAAAUUAUCACCUUUAAUAAUAAUAAAUCUUCAUGUGAUAAAGAUGCCAAUGAUAAAGAUGAAGAUUUUGGAACUUGUAAACAAGAAUCAAAUUUUGAAAUCGCUAUCAUUAAUAAUAAAUUUUCAUGUGAUGAUGACAAGGAUAAAGAUGAGAAGGAUAGAAAAUAUAAAUUUAAUAAUAUGUUGAUACAUCAUACCGAUUUUUAUUCCAAUAAUGCUGACGAAUUUUCUUGUUUGCCAACAACUCAAGUGUUGACUAAAGAAA